GCGGCGCUCCCUCCACCGGUGUGGUGGAGAGGGGGAGGGAGGUUGGCGGGCCCAGCCUGCCGGCGGUGACGGACAUUGUUGCUGGGCGGUAGUGGCGUGUUUAGGUGCAGUACGGUAGCGAGGGGGCGGGCGCUGCCUUCGCGCAGUGUCUUCAUUCAUUCAUUCAUGGCUGCAGGUGGAAGUAGGCGAUGAGGAGGUGCGGGGUAGUCCCCUCAGCCGGCUCGAACCCUCGCACCCUUUAGACAUCACCGCCGCUUCCUCCGCCAUGGAAGACAGUGCGGGCGAGGCGCUGCCCGAGCUGAAGGACUUGGAACACAAGGUGGGACGGAAGACGCCCGAGGGUUUGCUGCGCUGGCUGCGGGAGGACUCGGCUCGGCCGUCCGGGGACAAGGCGGACGCUCCCGGUCCCAGUCCCAGUCCCGGCGCCAGUGGCGAGCCGGUCCCCGCUCCGGGCAGGCGGCUACCUCAGGGGCUGGCGGAGAAGAUCCGAGUACUGAGGCUGGAAAUGGCAUAUCUGAGGGCAAUUGAUAUCAAGAUAAUGCACCAGCUGAUGGCCAUUAAUGAAGGGAUUGAGGCGGUGAAGUGGAUUUUGGAAGAAAAGGGCACUCUUGCCAGUAGGUGCAGCAGUCUCACUAGCAGUAUGUACAGCCUUGUGGAGAGCCAGGAGACUUCAAGGAGAGGUAGCUGGAACAGCCUCCAGGAUCCGAAUGAUAAAUUGGACGGGAUUUCUAUUGGAAGCUUUUUGGAUACUCUGGCAGAUGAUAUGGAUGAAUACUGUCAGACCACGAUAGAUCCUUUGUCCUCCACACCCUUGAGUCAAGGCGGCCCUUUCACUACAAUGGAGAAAGAAAUAUAUCCCAAUGACAUACAUUGCCCACAGACCAAUAUUGCUAAUGGCUUUCUAGAAAAACAAGGGAAUGUUGUUGCAGAUUGCAAUGUGGAAAAUAAAUUCUCUCAUGAUAAACAAUGCAAAGAUGGGAAACUGAAGACACAGAAAAAUGGGAAAAUUGAUUAUGAUGGCUGUAAAAAUAAAAUGCACAUUGAAUAUGAUGCCCAUUGGCACUGGGUGCAGUCGCAAGAUGAUGUAACAUUUCUGUGAGGAGGUCAGGUUGAUGUUAAUUGAUUAUAGAAGUGAUACUUAACUUUAUCUCCAUCAAAACCAUUGAGUAAACUCAACUAAAUAGCCAAAUUAAAACACAUGGUGACCAGAAUGGUAAACUGCAGAAGAAAAAAUAUUUAAAGUUACUCUUGCAAUAAAAGUAAGAUGUUUCCAGGAUCAGAGAUGUAGCUGAGGAAUUGUCAUUUUUAAGAAGUUGGAAAACUGAAGUGAGAUUUCAGUCACUGAGACCACAUUUAGAUUAGAACCCAAGUCAGUGCAAACAGUUGGCUUGUCGCUGUGGUUUACAGUUGUAGUAUAAAUGCAAUUUUAAUCUGGAGUCCAGGGCUAAUUUGACAUUGGAACAAAACACAAUUAGGUUAGGCAUGAUAUUAGAUUUACACCAGGUUUCAUUUGCUGCAAAUGAAGCUGAAAUUUUUUCACACUGAUUGAGUACACAAAUACCAUUGAAAUUUAAAAAUGCAUUUUGGUUGUUAUGGCCAUUAACAGAAGAAUGUAUAUCUGCUACAUGAUUCUCAAUAGAUAAAAAUGAGUUAUGUGCAGAGUACCAUUUUGGUAACAGAUAGGAUUAGCAGAGAUCUUGCAUUGAUUAUUACAUGGGAGAUUAAUAAUUUCAGUAAUUAGGAAGCAUGAUAAUAUAACAUUGGAAAUACUUUCCUUUGUGGUGUUAGUGCAUGUUUGAGGUAUUGGCUUAGUCAUUGAAAAAUUAUGCUUAUGAUCACCCCUCAUUUAGUAAGGUUUUUCAUUCACUAAGCUGGGGAGGGAAGUUUCCCAAAGUUCGGCAGGUUUAAAUAGUUGUUUAAACAAUAUUUGAGCUAUUCUUGUAAAGCUAUAAUUCCUUCUGUGGACAGUUCUUGCCUUUUACAGGAAGAAUUUUUACAUACUUCCUCUCUUCUGAUUUGGUGAAGACACAUAUAUUCUGGUUCAUGAUUAAAUUACAGGUCAAUACUAAGCGAGUUAAUCUCUCUCUCCAUAGCUGGGAAAUUUUGCUUGAAUGUCAUUUGGUUCAACAGACAUACUUUUCUUGAGCAAACCUUAGAAAGAUGGUAAGGGCACCUUUUUUCCCAGUAAAAUGGAUGUAACAAUUUCAUUUUGCACUUUUGCAGAUUAUAGACAUGGUCAUCUUUUCAUGUAAUUAUCUGAGAAUAUUUGUUGGAGAUCUGGUGUAAAUUUCUUGACUAAUUUUGAGAAGGUACAAAAAAUGAUAUUUUCAGAAUUUUGAGCGAUGGAUUUUUUUUAACUGGAGAAAUUUGCUCUUGCUAAAGUAGUCAAUGUUCUGCAAUAUUAUAAAUACAGUUUGACCUGGUUUAUUCAAUAACUUCUGGAAUACAGGAUUUUAUUGGUUUAUAAAUCACCAGAUUAUUCCAUUCAAAAACAUGUACUAAAUUGUGAAACUAACAAAUACAUAAUUUUGUUUUGGAAAACAAUUAGUCAAAAACAAGAAAGUGGUUUGCCAAUAAUUAAGAACAUGUUCAGUGUUUGAACAAUCUUGCACUCUUGAAAGUUUGUAACUGAAGUUAAUUGGGGAAUGUGAGGAGGAAAGGGAAGUGAAUUCUUUUGAGACUUUGUCUUGAAAUUUGGUCCUUUUGUAUAUACAUAAUUUAAAAAUAUUCAUUAUACCAACAGAUCAGGCAUGCAUUCAGCAGUGAAGCACUGCAUGGAGGUCAUCAUGGUUAUUGGAGGUGUAGUGGGGUAAAGUUUCACCUGCAACAUUCUUCCCAUUUGUAAUGGUUCCCACUGGAUGGGUCUGUGGUUUAUUUGCACCACUUCUCCAGAUUUCCCCAGAUGAAACCCCAAGCUAAGCUCAGACUGUGCUAUUGCCUUUUUAUUUAGCAGUAAGUAUCCUUUAAUGCACUUACAGUAUUCAAUGAAUUUGGCAUAUGCUGAAGUAGGUAUGUCUCUAGCAAAGCUGAUAACAGGGCCAAAACUGUUGUGUUCAUAUUUAUUUUGUACCUCCACACUCAUAAAGCAUAGUCCAGUUAGUAAUAAUAUAUGCUAGCAAAUGUUAGACAGCAAAAUGAAAAUCAUGUGCAUUAAUGGUAGUCAUUUUGGAUUAGGAGGAAUUUGCCAGUUGAAGCAAUUUGCAUUUGGAGUGCAAGUUUAGGAUUAUCCAGGUUCAUUGGAUUGAAAACUGGGAUAAAGAGUGAUCGAAUUAAUUUUGGAUAAACCAGGUCUGACCCCAGUUGUUCAAAUGAUUAUUGUAUUGUCUAAAUAGAUUGAUAUUUUUGCUGAUAUUUACUGAUUUAAAGCAAAAGGCGAUUGAAGUGUCUGCCAAAAUUUAACGAAAGCAGGAAAAGGGGCAUUCUUUAGCAAAGUGACAUAAUGCACUAAAGUCUUAAAGUGUGAUGGUUGUUAUGCAAUGAAAAUUGUGCGUGUGUGUGAGAUGUGUAUGGUAUGUGCCUGCGUGUUAUAUAAUUUUUUGAAUUUGACUUGCUCAAUAAUAGAUUCUCAAAUCAAUUGUUUGUUUGGACUUUGCUGUCAUAUUUUAGCCAAACUAAUAUUUGUACAAAACUGCUUUGUUCUAUUGUUAACUGUAUUUAAUACAGGUUAUACAUUUUAUAUUUUACUAUAAAACUCAAAGCUUAGUUUUAUGAUUAAAAUAUAAUCAUAGUGUGGUAAUAUACUUUUCAAUGUUACUAAUGAGUGCACAGAUAUCUUUAAAAUAUUACAGAUCAAUGCAGUUACAGCAAUAUUAAACUCUUCACAAAUUUCAAUCUGUGUGUAAGUAAUUGGAUAAUGUUUGGUCAAACAUCACUAAAAUCAGAUUCUGUGUGCUUUA